AUGAACCUCUAUUCUGUGUAUAUUAUUAAGGGCUACUGGCCUCUUGGUCCUAUUGUGUGUGAUUUGUGGCUGGCCUUAGACUACGUGGUCAGCAAUGCUUCUGUAAUGAACCUCCUGAUCAUCAGCUUUGAUCGGUAUUUCUGUGUUACCAAACCAUUGACUUAUCCAGCUCGAAGAACCACCAAGAUGGCAGGUCUGAUGAUUGCAGCUGCCUGGCUCCUUUCCUUUGCCCUUUGGGCACCUGCCAUCCUAUUCUGGCAAUUCAUUGUGGGUCAGAGGACAGUGAAGAAUGAUGAAUGCUACAUCCAGUUUCUUUCCAAUCCAGCAGUCACUUUUGGCACAGCCAUCGCAGCCUUCUACCUUCCUGUGGUCAUCAUGACCAUACUGUAUAUUCACAUUUCAUUGGCCAGCAGGAGUAGGGUCCGCAGACAUUGUCCAGAUGCCCGACAAGAGAAGAAGAAACCCAUUAGCUCUAUGAAAAGUCCUCUGAUAAAACAAACCAAGAGUCCUCCCAAACCAGAGCCUUUGGAAGCAAAACCAGAAGAGGAGAAUGGAGUAAGAAAUGGAAAAAUAGAGAAAUCUUUGACCAACCUUCAGUCAGUGGAGGAAAAAGAGACCUCGAAUGAAUCAAGCACGGCCAGCAUGAAUCACAAUCCUCCAGAUAAGCAGUUGAGUAAUAAUGCGUCUUCUGGUGUUGUCUUGGCCCCUACUCAGAGUAUACAGUCUUUGCACCCAAGGGUGAAUACUGCUUCAAAGUGGUCGAAAAUCAAGAUUGUCACCAAGCAGACAGGUAAUGAGUGCAUAACGGCCAUAGAGAUUGUGCCUGAAUGCUCAAUACCUCUGCACAAAGAUUCUUCUGGCUUGCCAAAUACUCGUCCAGGCAAUGUGGCACGGAAGUUUGCAAGCAUUGCACGCAAUCAGAAGAAAGUUACCAGGACAAUUUUUGCAAUUCUGCUAGCAUUUAUCAUCACAUGGACGCCUUACAAUGUCAUGGUCCUCAUAAACACAUUUUGUGAGACUUGCAUCCCUGAAACAAUGUGGUACAUAGGCUAUUGGCUCUGCUAUGUGAACAGCACAAUAAACCCAGCUUGUUACGCUCUGUGCAAUGCCACCUUCAAAAAGACCUUUAAACACCUCCUCAUGUGCCAAUACAGGAACAUUGGUGUAGCCAGAUAG